GCAGCUCAUGGGGCCCUCGUGUACAGAGGACCCGCCUCGUGUUUAACCUCGUCUUUUCCGAACAAACCCGAGGGUAUGUCCAUACUGUCCGUGGAAAGAUCGGCUUUAUCUGAGCCGCUUAUCAGUCGCUCCCGCUGUUGGCACUGCCCCCCGGGGUGGGUGUGCGCUGUCGAUGCUGUUACUGUCUCUUUAAAUUUACCCAGGAGCCCCUUAAGGAGCCCCAGGGGCCCCUAGUACGGCUCCCCACCCUGAAGACAAGCAAGAGCCUUAAAAUACAUUAGGAGGCCUGCUAAACGCUGCCACACAGUGCGGAGUGACGCGGCGCGCUUUCUAUUGCUCACUGUGGUUGUGUGAAAAGUUAAGUUGGCUCCUCGGCGCUGGUGUGUGGGGACAUCGUGGUGGAGCGCCUGUUCACAGCAGAUGCGUGUCGAGCGACAUGUUUCAGUGGUAAUGACAUGUCCCGCUCCGGCGGUAUGCUACGGUAGAGCACGGAGGGACCCAAGCGCUGUGAGAGCCGCAGCCUGGCAGUAAUGGAAGAGGCAGACACGGGCGGAACAGAGCCCGUAGAUUUCCGCUGUGCCGAGCAGGCUGAGCUACUCUCAUUAAUAAUAAGCGGAGACGAGGAAGCGACGCGAGAGGACAGUGACUUGGAAGAUGGAGACCACCUUGCUAAUGGCCAUGUUGACAAGAAUUCAGAGACUGUUCCGACCACUGCAGGUAAAUCUCCGGGCACAAGUUACUGGAGCAUCACAGAGGGUCCGGAUCACCCACUCCUCCUUACCAUUUCUCCGGGUAAAACUAGGGCCCCGAGGGGCUCCAGACAGACUAUUAGCCGCAUCCCAGGUCGGGAUCACCGGCGUUACUACCAUGAGUACUGGCGUAGUGAGUACCUGAUGGACUUUGACUCCCAGAGGCAGAGCAUGGUCUGUAUGGUCUGUGGCAGCUCUCUUGCCACACUGAAGCUCAGCACUAUCAAGAGGCACAUCCGGCAGAAGCACCCCGACUCCCUGCUGUGGAGCACUGCGGACAAAGAGGUGAUACGCUCAGGCUGGGACAGCCACCUGAAUGUUGCAGGGGGUCAGGCCUUCAGCUCUGCAGACACCACAGCUACAGAGGAAGAACUGCUCCUGUCCAGUGAGCCUGCUGCUGCUGUGGUGGAUGGUGGGACACCACAGGACUGCUCCCAGGACUUGUCCCUGCAAUCUCCCGGGCGGUCACCCUGUCCUGAGGAGGAGGCCCAGCCUAAGCAGGAGCAGGACAUAGCUGACCCGCUGGCCCAGACUCUGGAACAAUACCUGAAUGACUCACUGCAUGCCUGGUUCAGACAAGAGUUCCUCAUGAAGUACGAUGGCGAGGCAGGUCGGCUGCAGUGCAUGGUGUGUGGGGCCGAGCUGCCCUCACUUCACCUGGAGCACAUAAAGAGGCACGUGUUGGACACACACCCCAGCUCCCUGGUCUACAGCUCUGAAGAGAAGCAUUGCAUCCUGCAGGCCUGGGCUCAAGCGCAUGAAGAAUUAGAAAACUCAAACAUAUCAGAAACAACCACCAAAGAGUCUGCCGAGAACCUUUUCGCUGAGGACGAGAAGACCCUCUCGGGCAGAUCCGACUUGCACCAGCAGGAAGAUGGCAGCUCAGCUCAGGGCACUUGUCUUAUUGGAGAGGACGGGGCAAUCGGAGCUCCACAAAUAAAUCUUUCACCUCAAGAACCACCCAAACGUGGACGUAAGCCCAGAAAGGCUCGAUUACGUGGGGGUAACCCGUGGCGACUGCGACUGGACUACCUGGUGGCAUAUGGGCCACAGGGUAAGGGCACAUACUGCAUGGUGUGCUCAGAGAUCCUGCAUGAGACCAAGGUGAGCAGUUUCCGACGCCACAUCCAGGAAGCUCACCCCGAGACCACCACUCUGAGUAGGGAGGAGAGGGAGGCCAUGGCUGCAGCCUGGACUAAAGACUACUCCACAGAUGGGCAGGAGGGGGAAGAGGCGGAAAUUAUUCAGGGCACCGCUGAUGUCCUGGAUCCAGAUGGGACGAAAGAGGACAGCUCCCCUGAUACUCCCACAGUUGGUAAGCGCUUGAAAAAGGAGGUGGACGACGUACGCGGGGGUUCGGGCAAAGGGGUGCAUCCCCGGCAGACACACUACCCAGGGAAGGACCAGCGGCGCAACUACCAAAGCCGCUGGAGGGAUGAUUAUCUCAUGGACUACGACUGUCGUAGGCACGGCCUCAUCUGCAUGGUGUGUGGAGCCACUCUGGCCACACUCAAGGUCAGCACCAUUAAAAGACACAUCCAGCAGGUGCAUCCUCACUCUCUGCUCUACAGCCCCGAGGAGCAGCAGCAGGCCCUGGACACCUACAGCCAGAGCGCCCUGCACUUCAGGAACACUGAGGACUAUAUCUCCCUGGACCACGUGUACAGUGACCCACAAAACUUUGGCACUUAAAGGGCUCCAAAACCCUCACAUCAGGAGCACAGAAAUGCACUUAUUUCCCUUGUAGUGAUUCUAUUUUGUCAGUUGGGUUGUUAUGGUGGUGCUAGUGCAAAUAGAGAAGCCAGCUUUUAAGUAAUCCAUUACUUCUAAGUAGACCAAUGUUUAGGGGACUUUUGAGUCUUCAUUUGACACAGUAUAGACAGAUCGGAAACAGGGUAAAAAGACAGGAGAAUGAACUGACCCAAAUUAAAAUCUGGGUUGCUCAGAUAUGAAACAGGCUCUAAGGUGAACCACAAACAUAGUGACAUUGCUUUUUUUGUAAAUGAAAGAAUAAGAAAUGGCUAUGUGAGAUUGUAAAAUAAAAUAUAGUUGUUCUCAAUGUUCCAUUUUUAAAUGGGAACAAGGGUAAUACAAUCACCACCUGCAACCAUAAUCUAUGCCUGCAACCCACUGUGAAAGAUAAUAUCACUGCAAGGAAGAUCUCCAUAUUAUUCACCCGGGGUUUAUAAGCAGAAGAGCAAGGGCAACCCAUUUACCUUUGUGUAUACUUCCAACACCUUGAUAUGAGAGCAUUUUGACAGGAACAGUAAUCACCUGUGGAUGUCUAUGUCCUUACAUAGUUCAGUAGCGAAGCACUAAGUUCAUUGAGUUUAGGGGAUUCUGAUCUCUGAGCUGAACGAAUGUGCAAAGCUGGCACUGAUAAUUCUCAUUAACCAAUUGUUGUUAGUUACAGCCUCCUGUGGCUAAUGUUAACCUGCCACUGAACAAGCCAAAGUGCUCUCAGAUCUAGAUGUUAGACCAAACGUCUUUGUAAUUAUGCUUUGCUCUCUUGAUUUGGUCACUAAGACAUGCCCAUAUAAUGGAUACAUUUCAUUUGAUUUUCUAUUUAUUCAAAGAUGUAAAAUGUUUUGUUUUUAGCUAUGUUAUUAAACAUACAGGGCUGGUAUCUGAAUUGUUCCAGAUCCUGUGCUCUCAGGAACAUUUGAAAAAAACUUCUUUUUUUUUUUUCUAGAAUUUGCUAAAGACAACGCAGCACUUUGUCCCCCUAAACCUAGUAAACCCCAGCUUUCCUUGUGACCUACAACUGAAUGAUGUUAUUGCUGAAGACAAUGAAUGGCCUAAAAGGGCCAGCUACACCUAUUUAAUAUUUGUUUACAUAUUUUUGGUUGUUUUCUCUUCAAUUUACUGGUCCCAACAGCCUGCACAGACUAACUGUACAUAUAUUACUUUUUACAAGCACUUUUCUGCACAAAUUCUGUUUUUCUACUUAAAACAUUCAAAAAUUUCGUAAACCCUUUUUGUCAAUAUGGGUACUUUUCAUUUUUUCAUGCAUUGUACAAAGUUUAUGCAAAGACAACAUUAUGAGAAGCUAACUAACAAAAGCCUAACUCAGGGAUGAACACACAAUGAAUUAAAGUCAGACUACAAAUUUACAGCCAUGACUUUAUUAUAUAACUGAAUAAUAUUCAGAUUGAAACAUAGAUUUGGAAACAACCAAAACUGCAACAAUAAAAACACAGCACCUUAAUCUACAAUACUAUGAUUGAUGUAUUGUAAAAAAAAAAAAAUAAAUAAAAAAAACAUUGUAAUUCCCUCUGUUUUA